AUGGGGCCUAAUACUGCCCCACCGCUUGUAGGCGGUAACGUGGAGCUCGGUCAAUUGUUGGGAACGGGCGGGUUCGGUAAGGUGUACUUUGCAUACGACAGGAAGCGGCAAAUGAAUGUUGCUGUAAAGGUCAUUGACAAGAGGCUGGUGAUGCUCAACGAUUUAAAGAGUUACGUGGAGCGGGAGAUUGAGGUGAUGCGGAAGAUCAAACACCCACACGUAGUGAAGCUGUUUGACGCCAUUGAGUCAACGAGUGCAUAUAAUCUUGUCAUGGAGUUGGCACAGAACGGGGAGCUGUUUGACAAGAUUGUACAUUCGGAGCGCUUUGAUGAGAAAACAGCCCGUUUCUAUUUUCAGCAGCUCAUCUCCGCGGUCCAUUAUUGCCACGGCAUCAAUAUUGCACACCGUGAUCUCAAGGCGGAAAAUCUUCUUGUAGGCAAAAAUAAUGAACUGAAGAUUUGUGACUGGGGACUCUCUCGAUACACAAAGGAAGGGCUUCUUUCGAAUGAACAGGUGGUCCUCUUUCGCUCGCUUGCUGGAAGCAUUGACUACCAGGCGCCCGAGGUGCUUAAAGGUGGAGGAUAUGAGGGGGGCGCAUGUGAUAUGUGGAGUUGCGGGGCCAUCCUGUUCUUUAUGUUGUGCGGCUAUCUUCCGUUUACAGAUACCUCAGACAUACAGACCAAGAGACGCAUCCUCACCUGCCAAUACAAUGCGAAAAAUCGAUAUCUUUCUCCUGGAGCCAGUGAUCUUAUUGCGCACCUAUUGGAACUUGAUCCGGCAGUUCGUUAUAGCACCUUUGAUGUCAUUGGUCACCCUUGGUUUCAGGUGAACUUGGAUCUAGGCCUCUUCCCUGAGGCGCAGCUCAGUGGGGAGCGCUCACCACUGAGCCCACUGACGGGUGAAUUCAUUAGGCGUGUUUUGACGCCAAGUGGGGGCUUCGACGACACGUACUCAUCGGGAAUAGAACUAUUUGAUGAAAUUCACAGGGCGUUUGUCUCGUGUAAUGUGAAUGGCAGUGGAUUUCUCAGCAGAGAGGAGGUGCGUGACGCGCUUAUCAAGCUUAAAAAUCAUCAGCCGGUAUCCGAAGAGGAGGUGAACAGCUUCAUGUCCAACUUCUCACUGGACAAAGAUGGCCGCAUUUCCGAAGAGGAGUUUUUCAUCGGCUGCACCACAAACCAGGACGUUGGAAAGAAGUAUAAUAUUAGCCGCAUGGCAGACCUGUUUCACUACGAUCUAGAGAAGGAAUACCUAGAGGAGGUUCGUCGCGCGUUUGACUCGUUUGACGUGAAGCACACCGGCCUGAUUACACCGGAGAGCUUGAAGGAGCUGAAUCUUCACUAUAGUGAAGAAGAGAUUAAGAAAUUCUUUGAUAACAUUGAUCCCAAUAAUCAUGGCAAUGGAACACUUUCCUUUGAACAGUUUGUCACGAUGUGUUCUAGGUAUGAUACAUUUAAGGAACACCCCAUCACGCAACGACUCCGCCGCUUUGAGAAAUUUUUUAACGUCACCGACAUCAAGUCGCUUAAUAAUUGUUUGGCCACGGGGUUUACUGUUGCAGGGAGAAAAGAGAACAUCAUUUUACGCCUUCGUUCGAAGGAGGCAACGCUCUCAACAAAGUUUGAGAACAGUGUUGGUGGGCUCCUCUACGGUACCUAUAGGAAAUCCAACAAACGAAUCCUGGAAGUCGGUAUCCGCCUCAUUCCCUCUGCUGCUGGCUACACCAAAGUGGCACCGUACCGUAUCGCCGGAAAGACGAAGGAAUUCCACAACUGGUUUUUGGAAUUACGUAAGGCGCUUAGGGAAGAGAUUCUCCGUUGCGAAGAAGACACUAUAGUGAAGGGAGAACCGGAGCUAAUCUGA